AUGUGCAAGUCACUGGGUAUUGAAGUAAAAAUUGUGCCUCAAAACAAUUCAAGCCUGAAGGAGGACGAGGUCGUCCUGAUCUACAACCGUGUGCCCAAAACUGGGAGCACCUCCUUCGCUGGCAUCGCCUACGACCUGUGUACCAUCAACAAGUUCCAUGUGAUACACGUCAACAUCUCAAAGAACCAGAGAGUUCUGGGAUUAUCAGACCAGAUGCGGUUCAUUAAAAACAUCACUGGUUGGAUGGAGAAGAAACCAGCCUUAUAUCACGGACAUAUCUCUUUCAUAGACUUCUCCAGGUUUGGUGUCCAGAAACUUCCCAUCUACAUCAACAUGGUCAGAGAGCCGCUGGACAGGCUGAUAUCCUACUACUAUUUUGUCCGCUUUGGUGACGACUUCCGGCCUACUUUGAGGAGGAAGAAGUCUUGGGAUAACGAGUCAUUUGACGAGUGUGUGGCCAGGGAUGGCAAAGACUGUGAUCCUGAAAACCUGUGGGUUCAAAUCCCUUACUUUUGUGGUCACCAUGCAGACUGUUGGGAGCCGGGCAGUUCAUGGGCACUUGAAGAGGCAAAGAGAAACUUACUCCAUCAUUAUCUCCUAGUGGGCAUCACAGAGGAGCUUAGGGACUUUAUCGCUAUACUUGAGGCAACAUUGCCCAGGUUUUUCAAAGGGGCAACUAGACUGUAUGCUGAAGGUCACAAAUCUCACUUGAGGAAAACUGCAAAGAAGAUUCCAGCCAAGUCUCAGACCAUAGAGAAAAUACAAAUGUCUCAAAUUUGGAGGAUGGAGAAUGAGUUCUAUGAGUUUGCUCUGGACCACUUCCACUACAUCAAACAUCAAAUGUUUGAGAACCUCAAUGGAGAGCUGCUGGUUAGGGAUGGGAAGUUUAUGUUUGAGAAACUCAGGCCCAAGGUGUCAACUCCAGAUCUGGAGAAUUGAAGCAAAGAGAGGAGACUACAAUCUUCACAAGCUACAGAUGGUCAUGAGUGAUGAGUUACAGUACAGUAUCACAGCGCUGUCUUUUGAAGCGAUGGGAUGCAGAAUAUCACAGCUCUCUCCAAUGAAGUGAUGUAAUAUGUGAUGUGCCACAUAAAAUCACUGUUGGGUCUUAUGAAGUGGUGUGAUGUGACCACUUGUAACAUCAUCACAGUACAGUCUUAUGAAGUGAUGUGACACAGAUCAACAUCACAGUACAGUCUUAUGAAGUGAUAUGUUGUACACAGAUCAACAUCACAGUACAGUCUGGUGACGUGACACUUGGUGACCCUUGUGAAAUGUGCCAUGCACUGAGAUAACUAAAAGCUCCUACACAAUCAACUGGCUUGUAAUAAUCAUGUUACGGUGUCACUCACCUCAGAAAGGAAGUUAAACUAUCUUUGUUCACACAGUGAAACAUCACUGCGCUGGCUCUGAAGAUGGAGAUCAUUCACAGGAUACAUCGAGAGUGGAGUUUUUAAAAAAUAGAUUCCCUCUAGAUUGGAUAAAAUACAAAGCUAAGCAUUUACAUUUUUUUUUAUUUGAAAAUGUUUUUGGAGGGAACAAUUUGAGCUGCACAAAUAUUGUAUGCAUUUAAUUUUGUAUCUACCAGUCUUUAGGAGUUUAACUGCCUUUUGAAUAGCACCUAGUGUAUACUUGCUAGGUGUAACAUUGCCUUCUAAACACAACCAAUCAAAUGAAGCCUCCCUCAGUUUCAUCCCAACUGUACCUCAGUGAUAUACUACAUUAGAAUUGUCAUUGUAAUGCUUCAAGUGUGUUCAGUAGACUGACCCCCACCUCAGGAUACCUCCUAACCCCGCCUCAGGAAACCCAUGAUUUCAUUGGUUGUUGGGUGAUUAAAAACUCUCUUAAUUGUGCAAUACUUUACUUUUUAUUAACAUUGAAAGGACUUGGUGAUGUAUACAUAUAUCGAGGGGACACGAUUAUUCGUUCACUG